AGCCUACCUUGCUGUUGUUGUUGUUGCUGUGCUUUGUUGCGCUGCUGCAGUAAGGAAACACAACAAAACAAAACCCGUUUUCUACACUCAUCACACCACACCUAAGCACCGAUAUAGAUAGGCCGCCAUGUCUUACCUAUCAAACUUUAACGCCGAAACGGGCAAAACGAUCCUGGUGGACAUCCUGAAGACGGUCAAUCAGCCAGAAAACUCGAAAAAGCUCGCCGAAGCGAAAGCCAGCUCGGGCAAGGAGAUGAUCAAGAUGAUGCAGAACGUGUUCCCGCUGGUGAUGCAGAUACAGAUCGAGGUGAUCAAGGAUUACGGAUUCCCCGGCAGUCGGGAAGGGUUGGUCCAGUUCGAGCAGAUCAUCCGGGAGUUCGAGCGCGAGGAUGUGGAUAUAGCCCGAUUGCGGGCACAAGUACGUUCCAUCUAUCUACCUCCAAUUAACAUCAACAGUACGAACGACGUGUUGAUUUAAGGAUUUAUGGGCAAAACGCCUCGGACGGGACGGACGAUGUGUGCAUUUUAAGACUGAAGACAAGUACGGUUUUCUAAUGGAACAACUGCUAAAACUGCCAGGAAAGGAUUCGCAUUACGGUCUAAUUUACAGGUAUACUCUAAUACGCGGGACACGAUGACCCAUGGUGAAGUAUUGAUAUAGUUCAAGUAGGUAAUGUUAAUGUGUCGAGUCGUCGACUUUUGUUUCUUUUUUUGUAUCGCCAUAACCAUCCCCACUCGAUAUACAGCUUCCGUACAGCGAUAAGUAUUUGUGUAUUUAAUUUUGUAAGCAUUUAUAUUGCAAAUAAAGAACAAAACAUAACCACCAA